UUGUAGGUAGCCUGAAAGUUAAGGAAGAAUUUCAAAUUUUCAUUUUUAGAAAUACCUAUGUGUUUUGCAUCCUUUUUUUACUAUUUAUUGAAUACUUCAUGACGACCGUGUUUUUUGCGUAAUUUUGAUUAUAUUGAACCCAUAUUUUGAGGAAUAUUAGCGCUUUUAGAUGUUGAUAUACUCUUAUCGACAACCGAAAUAUUUUACAUUACGUAAUUCACCCUAAUUGCAUUUGGCAAGCAAUCACCUCAAUAAACCGAUAACAACCGUGGACUUGUACAACAGAAACGUUCCUGAUCUUCAGUCUAGUUGAACUGUUUAGCAGCUUCACAUUGUCGUUUCGACAGGAAAAUGGAGGAACUCGAUUUGUUGUCGAAUAUUUUUUCCGUUUUGGCAUCGGAGCACAUUUUCCAACCUACAGGCGAGGAUGUGGUAUUUCCGUUUCGACAUCCAGAGGAACUUAAGAAACUAUUGGAUCUAAACUUGGAAAACGUAGUUCCACUUGAAUCUACCUCACGGGAGCAAGUUUUGCGAAAAGUUAUUCAAUAUUCAAUCAAAACUAACCAUCCAAAUUAUCACAACGAAAUGUACGCCGGUGCUGACCGAUUCGGACUAGCGGCAUCCUGGGUUACGGACGCUCUCAAUUCUUGCCAAUUCACGUUUGAAGCUGCUCCGGUUUUUUCGCUGGUGGAAUCGGUCGUUUUGGAAUUCUUUCUUAAGUUGUGUGGAUUCGAUAGUGGUGAGGGUAUCUUUACACCCGGUGGGUCGAUUGGCAAUAUGUAUGCAGUAGCAAUGGCUCGCCAUAAAAUAUUACCGCAAUCUAGGAAACAAGGCAUGUAUGGACAAAAAGUACUAAAAAUAAUAACAUCGGAAGAUUCUCAUUACAGCAUAACAAAGAGCGCCAAUUGGCUGGGACUUGGCGAGGAAAACGUCAUAAAAAUAAGCACUGAUGAUACGUUUCGCAUCAGCAUCGGUCAGCUGGACGCUAUGAUUGCGGAUAUUGUGGCCCAAGGAUCAAAACCUCUCAUGGUGUCGGUUACGGCUGGUACAACAGUGUUCGGCGCCUUCGAUAACCUGGAAAAGGUUGCCGAUGUUUGCCAACGGCACAAAGUUUGGAUGCAUGUCGAUGCCUCAUGGGGAGGAAUGGCUAUACUCUCCGCACGACAUAAAGGAUUGCUGGCAGGAAUGGAACGUGCCGAUUCGGUGACGCUGUGUCCGCAGAAAAUGAUUGGAGCUCCGCUACAAUGCGCAAUGUUUUUGAUGAAACAUAGAGGACUUCUCAGUAGCUGUAACGCAGCGUUUGCGGAAUAUUUAUUUCCUGGGGAUAAAUACUAUGACGUGUCUUUUGAUACUGGCGAUAUGAGCAUCCAGUGUGGGAGAAAGAUUGACUCGUUCAAGUUGUGGUUUAUGCUAAGGGCACGUGGGCUUCCCUGGUACGAGUUAGCCAUUGAUAAUGCGAUAAAUUGUGCGGAAUAUUUCCAAACGGCAAUCAGCGGAAGUUGCUAUUUCAGACUCGUGCAAACAGCGCCGUUCAAAUUUACAAACGUUUGUUUUUGGUUCAUUCCUAGACGGCUGCAGUUCACCGAGGCCUGCCGGGAAACCGCCGAAUGGUGGCGUGAAAUAUAUAAGGUUACGCUUGCGUUGAAGGAGAUUAUGGUGAAGGAAGGAAGCUUAAUGGUUAGCUACUCAUCUCAUCCAGGCAGAAAAUUAGGUUAUUUCUUUCGGUUAGUGGUGAAAUGUGUACCGCCUCCCACGACAGAACGAAUGGAUUUUAUAAUCAAGGAAAUGAUCAGUAUCGGUAGUGAUUUAUAGAUUUGUUGAAUUGUACUGGAAUAGUUGAAGUAUAAGUUUUCUGAUCAUAAACAAAUUGAUUAAUUAAUAUUUUGUGUAACGUAGACAAAACCUGAAUAAAUAUUCUUUUUUAUCUCUUUACUGAGUAAUUCCACAAAAA